GAUAUGAAACGGGGGUGGGGAGUGGCGAUGUUGGUGGGACCAGAGAAUGGAGAUGAUGGGGAAUGCCGAGUGGGGGAGGAGCCUCAGCGGGUAUAAAUGGUCGGCAUGUCAUACGGUAGCCACUGUCUGACAGAGCAACAACCAUGAAGCUCUUGGUCCUGUGCGCUCUGGUGGCCACCACCACCGCUUGGCCCAUGAUGGCCGAUUCUCCUGGAGGAGCUUCGGACGCCCAGAAGCAGCAUGAUGUCAACAGCAUUCUGUGGAAAAUUUACGGAGAAAUCCGUGAUCCUCAUCUGAAGGAGCUUUCCCAGACCUUCGAUCCUCUUUCCGGCCACUAUGACGACGGUGGUGUCUCCGCCAGGCGGCUCAUGAAGGAACUCAACGAUGAGCGCCUGCUGGAGCAGAAGCACUGGUUCUCGCUCUUCAACACCCGCCAGCGGCAGGAGGCUCUCAUGCUCUACGACGUGCUCGAACACUCAACAGACUGGGACACCUUCGCUGGGAACGCCGCCUUCUUCCGCAUUCGCAUGAACGAGGGCGAGUUCGUCUACGCCAUUUACGCUGCCGUCACACACUCUCCUCUGACACAACACGUGGUGCUGCCGCCCCUCUAUGAGGUUACUCCUCACCUCUUCACCAACAGCGAGGUCAUUCAAGCAGCCUACAAGGCCAAGAUGACACAGACUGCCGCUACAAUCAAAUCCCACUUCACUGGCAGCAAGAGUAACCCAGAGCAGCGUGUGGCCUACUUCGGCGAGGACAUCGGCAUGAACACCCACCACGUCACCUGGCAUUUGGAAUUCCCCUUCUGGUGGGACGAUGCCCAUGAGGACCACCACAUUGACCGCAAGGGCGAGAGCUUCUUCUGGGUCCAUCAUCAGCUGACCGUUCGCUUCGAUGCAGAGCGUCUCUCCAACUACUUGGACCCCGUCGACGAACUUCACUGGGACGACAUGAUCUACGAGGGCUUCGCUCCCCAUACCAUGUACAAGUACGGUGGCUACUUCCCCUCACGACCAGACAAUGUGAAGUUCGAGGACGUGGACGGCGUUGCGCGCGUGCGUGACAUGUUGAUCCUGGAAAGCCGCAUCAGGGAUGCCAUCGCUCACGGCUAUUUCACCGGCAGGGACGGGUCUGUUAUCAGCAUCAGAGACGCCCAUGGCAUCGACGUCCUUGGUGAUGUGAUUGAGUCCUCUACUUACAGCCCCAACCCCGAGUACUACGGCUCCCUGCACAACACCGCUCAUGUCAUGCUUGGCCGCCAGGGCGACCCUCAUGGCAAGUUUGCCCUCCCUCCUGGUGUGUUGGAGCACUUCGAGACCGCCACGCGCGAUCCUGCUUUCUUCCGCCUCCACAAGUACAUGGAUAACAUCUUCAGGGAGCACAAGGACAGUCUUACUCCCUACACCAAGGAGGACCUUGAGUUCUCUGGAGUCUCCGUAGAAGGCAUAACCUUCAGCAACCGCCUUGAGACCCACUUUGAAGAGUUCGAGUACAGCCUCGUCAAUGCCGUUGACGAUACAACCGAGGUCAAAGAUGUGCCUAUCUCUGCCACAGUUGAUCGCCUUACACACAAUGAUUUUACUCUCAAAAUUGAUGUCGCUAACAAUAACGACCACGAAGUGUUGGCAACUGUACGUAUUUUUGCCUGGCCCAAGUAUGACAACAAUCAUGUUGAAUUCUCCUUCAACGAGGGACGCUGGAACGCUAUUGAAAUGGACAAGUUCUGGGUUAAGUUGGGUGGUGGAUCCAACCACAUCACACGCUCUAGCAAGCUAUCCGCGCUCACAGUUCCUGAUGUGCCCAGCUUCCAGACUCUGAUUGACAAGGCUAAUGAGGCACUUACCUCCGGCUCAGAGCUUCACCUCGAGGAAUACCACAGCAGCCUUGGGCUUCCUAAUAGGUUCCUGCUUCCUAAGGGCAAGACUGAGGGCAUGGAUUUCCAUGUUGUGGUCUUCGUCUCUGACGGCGCCACGGACGCGGCCGUCAGUGGGCUGCAUGAGAGCACUACCUUCAACCAUUAUGGCUGCUACGAUGGCAAUUACCCCGACAAGAAGCCGCACGGCUAUCCGCUAGACCGCCGCGUUGACGACGAGCGCAUCAUCACUGGCGUCUCCAACUUCAAGGCCGUAGAUGUCAAGGUGUACCACACAGAAGAACAUUAAGAGAAUAAUAUGGUAGCAACUGAAGGGUUUGCAAAACCUUUCAGUCCAUCAUGCAGAAUAUAAUAUAUUUUUGCUGUCAAUAUCUUACCUUCGUAAAAUAACAAGGAAAGGUAAUAAGAGUUUUCUUUAAUUGUAUUGAUACACAAUAUGUGACUUUAAGAUAAAUGAUUACACACCAAAAGGCAUUUAUAAAACUAAUUAUGCUAUGCAUGGGCUAGGAAGUAUAUGUAUACAAAACGUGAAUAAUGUAUGAAAUAUAUGAAAUCAUCAUAAUGAAGUCCACAGUCUUAUAAGGUCACAGUUACUCACUCUUGCUUUUUUUUUUUUUCAUUUUUGUUCAUCUACAUCAAUAUUGUCAUCAAUAUUUCUCUUCUAUAUGACUUAACCUUUUACGAAACACCUUUCGGUGCUCCGCAAUUCAUUUAUGAAAAGAAAGAUUACUCUUCGCUUGAAUUGUAUUAAACAAAGUAAAUCAAGCAAGGAAUCAUUCUGAAGAUCGUAAAUGUAAAUCUUUUUUUUUAUUCUGACAUGAAUGGAUAUAAUUUUCGUCAUUAAUAAACACCAAUGACACUAUGUAACAAAA